UUCUUCGUCUUCUUCGACGGAGAGAGAGAGCGAGAGAGAGACAACAGAAGCAGCAACCGCAGCUCGAGCGUUAGUUAUUGUAAGAUCGUUAUUGUAAACCUAUAAAAUGAUGAUUUGGUUUGAUGGGUCCAUACCUGAUGCCAUUAAUUUGGCUAAACAGAGGAAUCGUAUCUUUGUCAUCGUCAUUAUAGGUGAAGAUGAACAGUCAACAAACCUGGUGUCCAGCUGGGAGGAUGACAAUGUCUCAGAGAUGGCUAAAAAAUGCUGUGUUGCCAUUAAAGUUGACGCUAAGAGUGAUACCUGUGUGCAGUUCUCACAGAUCUAUCCAGUGGUGUGCAUUCCCUCAAGUUUCUUUAUUGGGGAGAAUGGUAUUCCUUUGGAGGUCGUUGCUGGCAGUGUGUCUGCCGCAGAACUACAGAUUCGAAUCGACAAAGUACAACAGAUGCAUGGACAAAAAAUUGGCCCUGACAUGGUGUCACAAGAGACGUCUGCUACUGUGAUGAUCAGCCCAACACAACCUGCCAUGGCUGCACUCUCAGCUCCUGCAGUGCCCUUCAUAUCACCAGAAGAUGACAUGAGUUCCUCUGCAGUGGAAGACGUAGAACCGAGAGAGCCAACCAAAGCAGCUGGAGGUAGACAGUCAACUAAGACCAUUGCAGCGAGUGGACAUUCAGAUCGUACGAGUUUAUGUUUUACGAGUGAAGAAAACCUGGAUGUGCAAAGAUUUAACAUGGAACCAGAUGAGAGGCAUCAGCAAAAGACAACACUGAAGGAUGAGGAGAUUAAAAAGCCAAAGGAGCAGCAGAAGAUGGCAAAGGAUAUGCACGACUUUAAGAGAGAACAGGAAGAGGAGAAGACCAAGCGACUCCUGGAAGAGAGAAACCGUGAGAAGGUGUUGGAUAAAGUUGCCAGGGAGAGGGUCAAACAACAAAUUGCUAUGGAUCGAGUGGAUAGAGCAGCCAGUUAUUCCAAAUCCUUGGAGGAGAAGGCUCAGCAAGUAAAACUGCAGGCAGAGCUGGAAGCAAUAAAGGGUACCUUUGCGAGGCCAAGGAGUAACAUCACAAGGCUCCAGUUUCGCCUCCCAGAUGGCUCAACCUUCACUAACCAGUUCUCCUCACAUAGCAGACUUCAGGAAGCUCAACAUUUUGUUAUACAGGAAAUUGGAAGCCGCUAUGGCAACCUUUCAAUGGCCACCAUGUUCCCGAGAAGGGAAUUCACCAGUGAAGACCUUAAUAAGACUUUAUUGGAGCUGCAACUUGCUCCAAGUUCAUCCAUUGUACUUCUGCCUUGUGGCACGCCUGCUUCUACAGUUGUCCCGUCCACUAGGGGUGGUACAUGGGCUGUCCUGAACACACUGUUGUACCCUGUUCUCACUAUUUGGCGAUUCCUCUGCUCUUUCAUGUUUCCGAGCCCACCACAAGAAACAUCAAGAGGCUCUCUUCCCUUGUCUCAGUCUUACACUAACUCAGCAACACGCUCUGAUAAAUCAAACAGAUCAAAAGAUGAAUGUGAGACAACCUACCCACUUUUCAAAGAAUCGCUUUCCAGGCCUUUCGAGAAUCGUCCCAAGAACUUCAAGAAAGAUGGUAAAAUCUGCCAGCUCAGGUCUCAAGAGGACAGUGAGGAUGACAACAGCACCUGGAAUGGGAACUCAACACAGCAAAUGUAGCUCUUUAAAAGUAGCUUUUCUUUCUCAUCUGCUCCCAUCCUAAAAUCGCCACCACUACCACCCCAUCUCGGUUGAACAAUAACAACAAUAAUAUUAAUAAUGCAGUCAUUCUAGAUUUUGUUUUGUAUCUUGUGUUAGGUUCACUUGCGUGGCAAAAUCUUAAGUUAAAUGAUGUACUUGGAACCUAACUUUUAUUUUUCACAUUAGAUCAAAAAAGAGACAUUUUUCACUUGCUCAAACUUGCAUUUGUUGCUAACAUAGUGAUAUUCUGCAACCAACUGUAUGUUUCUAUGAAAUUGUCCAUGAAGACUGUGCUUCAUCCAACACUGGGGGAAAAAAAUGCCAAAACUACAGACUGAGUUCUGUUGUUUGUUCAUCACAGCAAUGCCAACACUUGAUGGAUUACAAAGAUGUUUCUCAAGCUUUUUACACCAAGUACCACCUAAAAAAAAAAAUACUGAGCUCCAAGUACCACCGUCAUGAACGACAAAAGUACUAUUUUUGUAAGCCACUGUAAUAUUACAAAUGUGAAUGUUUGACGACAUGCAAAUAUAUUUAACUUAUAAUUACAAGGUUACAAAGUUACUAAUUACAAGUGAUCUGUCCUUAGGCAGUGAUUCUUUCUUGAACCACCAGAGAGCCCGCCGACCACUACUGUAGAGUUACCGUAACACAUGAGAAUCACUGGAUUAGAGAAUCAUUGCACUUUAUAAAAGCAAGAAAUGCUAGAGACACCAGAAACAUACAUAGGCAUGUUUUUUUUUUUUUUCAUAAAAAUUUAACUUUUUGCACAUCCGCUUCAUAGUUCUAAGGUCCAAGGUUCUAAUCUGGCCUUCCUGUGUGGAGUUUGCAAGUUCUCCCCGUGCCUGCAUGGGUAUCCUGUGGGUACUCCAGUUUCCUUCCAUGUUACAAAAAAUAAAACUUUCUGCUUAUAAA